AUGUUUAUGUGAAUUUUGCCUAGAAAAUAAUUAUGUUACAUUUUUACUAUUCAUUAUUUUUUUGAAAUUUUUAUAACCUCUUUAAAUGUUUUAUUGAUGUUUAUCUAAAACAACCUAGGGUAUUUAACUAUAUUCUCGUCAGCUUGUUAUUUCGGAAUGUGGCACUUCAAAAUGGCGGCCAGUAACAUAAAAACUUUGUACCACAGCUUUCUUUGUUUUCUUGUGAAUUAAUUUGCUGAAUAAUAGUUUGUUAUGUCGUUUAAUCAACAUUUCUUCAAUUCGAAAUAUUGCAUGUGCUGCUGACAGGAAUUUGAAGGGCUGAAAGCAGCAUGAAGAAAUUUUUCAUUGUGAAACUUGUGCCAUUAAAGAAGUGAUAUUUUUCGUGAGUGCAUUUCGUGUAAUAUGAUAGUUUUCUGUGCCUUGUGAAGUGGUCAGUGCCAUUGUGGAUGUGGGUAGUGCAACGGUGGCCCGCGGGCACGUGACGGUUGCCCGCCCGAUGGGCCUAUUAUGGGCCAACAGUCUUUCAUCACUAUGAACCCUGCCGCGUCGGCUAAGUCUUCUACCCGGUCAUCGGGCUACCAUCAGAAGGCUUUGGAAGAAAUACGAAACUCCUUGUUGCCAUUUGCAAACAUUGGUGGUGGUGGUGAAACUGUUGGUUCAAGUGCAGCCAGUACUAUAUCAACCUUGUCAACAACUAGUGGUGUCAGUUCGGCAUCAGGAUUAAGUGGUCAGAGCACGACAUCCGGUGGUAACGGGGUUGACAAAGAACUAAAUCUUCUUCGCCAGGCUCUUGCGCAGUUGACAAACAUGGGAUACACUGAGGACGCUUCACUGCGGGCGCUGAAGGUCUCCGGCGGCCGGUUCGACGCCGCCUUGGACAUGCUGGUGAAGCAGCAGCAGGGCGAGCCGGUCAACGGCAUGACGAAGCCACCAGGAAUGAGCAGCAAGUUGAUGCGCAAGCCAAGCCUAGAGAGGGAGCUCAACAUGCGGGGCAGCCCUGCGCUCGACAGCGGCGCAGGCAGCACGCGCUCGGAUAGCCCCCGCAUGACCGACCUGGUCACGCAUCCCCAGCUCAGCCGCCAGUACUCGCCCAGCGCCUUCUCCGAACCACCUCCGCCGCCACCGCCUCGCUGCAGUUCCACCCCUCCGCCCCCGCCGCCUCCCCAUUCCUCUUCCUACAACUCCGUGCAGCAGCUCCUGAAGCGCAUGUCGCCUGCCCCCGUGGUGCCGUCCCGACCCCCCGCCGUGCCCCCCGGGUCCCCGCAGCCGCCCUCCCAGCGAGGAACCAGCCCCGUCGGCACCACCUCUUCUCGCCAGCAGCCCAUGAUCGUGCAGAACGGCCCUCAAGUCCAGCAGCAACUCUCGCAGCAGAUGCAAGCCCUGAACCUGUACCCCAACACGAACCCGGCCACUUCUGAGCCUCCGCCCCCUUACCCGCUUGCUUCGCCGUCGCCCACCAACCCUCCCCCGCCUCCUUCGUACACGGCAUCCAUACAGAGCAGGCAGAGCCCCACCCAGGACUACCGCAAGAGUCCGUCCUCCGGGAUAUACUCCGGGCCCACGUCAGCAGGCACCCCCAGCCCGAUCACGGUCUCCGUGUCCAGUCCCACGCCUUCGUCGGUCACGAGGCCGACCCCCCUCCAAGCGUGGGGUGCUCGCCAGGCCAAGACGCAACCUCCCAUCAUAAUGCAGUCGGUGAAGAGCACCCAAGUACAGAAGCCAGUGCUGCAGACCGCGAUAGCUCCAACUGCUCCGCCGCCACCCGUCUCUGCCUCGACCCAGGCGCCACCCCCUUCCUACGCAUCCUCCAUACAACAGAAGCAGCAGACGCCUGCCCCGCCGUACUCCCAGAAGCAAGUCCCGUCUCCUCCCGUGGCCGUGCCCGCCUCCCCGGUGACCACGACCAGUCCCGUGACGGUCCCCACCACGGACCCGCCGAGCUACGCCAGCACCAUGCAGGCCCUGGCGGCGCAGAGGGGCCACCUGCACCACGCGCCGCAGCCUCCCCCGCCGUACGGCCCCGCCGCCUCGGAGCUGGCGGUCAGCGCUCAGGUGGCCACGGUGGAGAGCGCCAUGCUACCCCGGCUCUCCCCGGCCGUGCAUCCCCCUCUGCAGAGGAAGUACUCGCCGGUGGUGCCGGUGGACCCCUCCGCCUCCCGGGCCGAGAGCCCCGAGAGCAGGGUCGACGCCCCCCAGCACACGCCGCCACUCCCGCCCACGGCGUCGUCGUCCGUGGCGAGCAGGUGCAAGAACGUGCCCGUCCAGAACGGCGGCGAGAGGCGGUCGAGCGUCCCGGGCCACGGCUCGCAGUACAAGGUGAACCACCAGUCCCCCAUACCGGAGAGGAAGCGCAUGAGCAAGGAGAAGGAGGAGGAGCGACGGGACAGCAAAGUGCGCAACUACUCGCCGCAGGCCUUCAAGUUCUUCAUGGAGCAGCACAUCGAGAACGUGCUCAAGUCGUACAAGCAGCGGGUUUUCCGCCGCAUGCAGCUCGAGUCGGAGAUGGAGAAGAUCGGCCUCAGUCCGGAAGCGCAGUGUCAGAUGCGUAAAAUGCUCUCCCAGAAGGAGUCGAACUACAUCAGGCUGAAGCGCGCCAAGAUGGACAAGUCGAUGUUCACCAAAAUAAAGCCGAUCGGUGUCGGAGCGUUUGGAGAGGUAGCCCUGGUGCGUAAAAUCGACACCCACCACCUCUAUGCCAUGAAGACAUUGAGAAAAGCAGAUGUUCUGAAGAGGAACCAGGUGGCUCAUGUGAAAGCUGAACGGGACAUUCUUGCAGAAGCAGACAAUGAGUGGGUCGUGAAACUUUACUAUUCAUUUCAAGAUAAAGACUAUUUAUAUUUUGUGAUGGACUACAUACCUGGUGGAGACCUAAUGUCACUACUAAUUAAGAAGGGGAUAUUCGAAGAGCCUCUUGCCAGGUUUUACAUCGCCGAGCUGACGUGUGCAGUUGAAAGUGUUCACAAGAUGGGGUUUAUCCAUCGAGACAUCAAGCCGGACAACAUACUUAUCGAUAGAGAUGGCCAUAUCAAGCUGACAGAUUUUGGUUUAUGUACAGGGUUCAGGUGGACCCAUAAUUCAAAAUAUUAUCAGAAUAAUGGAGAGCACGGGCGGCAGGACUCGAUGGACCCCACGGACGAGUGGAACAGCGAGUGCAGCUGCCACAAGCUGAAGCCCUUGGAGCGGCGGCGGCGACGGGAGCACCAGCGCUGCCUGGCGCACUCUCUGGUCGGCACGCCCAACUACAUCGCGCCGGAGGUGCUGCUGCGCACGGGCUACACCCAGCUGUGCGACUGGUGGAGCGUGGGCGUCAUCCUGUACGAGAUGCUGGUCGGGUCCCCGCCCUUCCUCGCCAACACGCCCGCCGAGACCCAGCUCAAGGUGAUCAACUGGGAGACGACGCUGCACAUCCCCAAUGCUGCCAACCUCUCCCCCGAGAGCACGGACCUCAUCCUCCAGCUGUGCACCGGCGCGGACCGCCGACUGGGUAAGAACGCCGCGGACGUGAAGGCGCACCCGUUCUUUGCAGGCAUGGAGGUGGACAAGAAGAUGCGUCAGGUGGUCGCGCCCUACGUCCCUCAGAUACAGUUCUCCACGGACACUUCCAACUUCGACCCCGUCGACCCCGAGCGCCUGCACAACUCCGGCUCCUUGGGCUCCGGCCACUCCGACGAGCUGGUGGACAAUGGCCGGCCGUUCCACGGCUUCUUCGAGUUCACCUUCCGCAGAUUUUUUGACGAUGGCGGCGAUCCGGCGUACCCCAACCGGAUCAGUCUGGAGGACAAUGAUAGUCAGGGACCUGUCUAUGUAUGACACAAGGCCAAGUUAGAUCUCCGUGGAUCAAAAUAGGUUUUGUACACCACCAGCAUCAAGACAGUGAUUUGGAAAGCACCUUGCUGGUUUCUGUUUUAACUAAUAUGGCUGUAUUGCUUUCCACUGUUUAAAAAAAAAUGAUACACCAUUUUUUUUUAGCUAUUUUCGUGGGAUGCAUUUCAUGAAUUUGUGUUCAGUGAUGGCUUCCACACUUUAGCAAUGAGCCCUGUGCUGAUCACCUUGUGAUAUGGGAAAUUGUCGUGAUUGCCUCCCGGCUACAACCUGUAACAUUUGCCUUAGUGCUGUAUUGCAACUUCAGAAGGAAGUUAUGAAGAAUAUAAAUUAAUAGGUAUGUCAUAUUGAUAUUAUGGAGCAAAAGAAAGUAUGAAGCUUUAAAUACUUUGUUAGAAGAAAUUAACUUCUGAAGUUCGAGCAUUUUGGUUUUGAAAUAAAAGGAUUGGUUGUGGAGGCAUUCAGGUAGUGAAUUACAGUAUGACACUGCUGAGCAUUGAAGUCUACUAAGUAGACAGUUUAUAUGUUUUUGAGUGCAAUAUUAAUGCAACAUAAAUUAAUAUUUUACUGCUUCCAAUUAAUAAACAGUGGAUUUUGCUGAAAAAUAAUUACUCUUUGCUAUUUUCAUAUCAUUUGAAUCAUUGCUUUUAUCAUUUUUUACUUGCCAUGAAGGUUUUUUAUUUUAUAGUCUAGAAGUUUGUGGUGCACAUACUCACUCGCGUUUGGUUUGAAAUCAAAGGGUUACGAGGCACAAUUAAUGUAUAUUUUUUGGUAUAAAUAAAGAGAAAAAUUAAUUUUUAAUUCUGCUAUAAAUAUUCUACUAGAAGUUUUUGCAAUAUUCUGCUGAAUAUUUAUUCAAUUUCAGUGAAGAACACAUAUCAUAGCACAUGAUUAUCUAAAACUCUGUUGUGAUCAUGUCAAGAACAGUUAUAGCAAAGAUUUCAUAAUUUUAAAAAACUAAUACAGUUGAAUACAGUUUUACUUUUGAGUAUAAUUUUAAAAUAUGAUGCAGUUAUAAAAUUUAGUUAAUAUUGGCUGCAAUUUGAAGUAAGUCUGACCCAUCAGGGGACAUUUUAAGCUACGUUUUAUUUAUAAAAUUAUCUUUCCACAUGAAUGAGUUUUUGGUAGCCUGACAUGCAAUGGCAUCUAAGGAUCGAUCGUUCAGUACCAAUCCCUUAUAUUGCUUGUAGAGCACCAAUUUGGUACCCAACUGCUCACUGUGGUUUUGAAAGUUUCCUUGCCUUUAGCCUUUCUGUCAAUACAAUAAUAGCCCCUUUGCUUUGUAGUGACUCCUGUGUAGUGACUACGAACCCACACAUUGCAAGAUCAGUUUGUCAAUUUCUAGAAUUUUUGCUUGCUCUUUUUAUUAGUGCCUUUAAAAGUUACAUACAUAUGAAGUUCUUUUUAAUCUGAUACCUAUGGUAUCGAAGGGCCAGCAUUUAAGGGUUAUUUAUUAGUUAUGCGGCUUACAAUACAAGUUCCGUGUUACAUUGUAUGUAUAAAUUUGGCAUAGCACAUAGCUUUGAAUGCUCGGUAGGUCAAAAUAUUAACUUUGACCCAAAAUUGGGACACUAAAUACAACAAAAACUAUAAAAAAAUUACAUUACUGAUCUGAAGCAUGUUUAAUAAUAAGAAAAAAGACAAGGCUGGUGUAGAUGAAAGCCAACUGUCCCACUUGACAUCUUGUCAGUCCAAGGAAUGAAAGGAACAGAAAGCAUAGGUGGAGGAAAACAACAUACCCUAUUUUAUCGCAUAAUCGUCGCACUGAUAUUUUAGGGCAUCAAAAUUAGGAUAAAAAAACCUCUCGCAUAAACGUUGCAUGAUGUUUUUGGUCUCGCUAUUAGAUUCCAAGCGCUUUGUGUAGGUAUUUUUUCUGUAUAAAACAAUGUAUUUUAAAGUAGAUUUCUAAUAUUUAUUCGGACAUUACUACUUACUUAUUUAAUUAACCGAAAUACAAAGUUGUCUGAUGUGUAAAUGUUCUUUUAAAAACUUUUUUAAAAGUUAUAACCUUCAUCUGUUCAUCUGCGUCACCGCGGUGUACCGCUUAUAAAAAAUGUAGCCAGUGCAAGUUGGCAUCAUUCGUGUUUGGUUAUGUUGCUUCCCGUAUAGAGCGCUCACACGUAGUUGAAUAUCGAUAUUGAUAUCUCGCCGAUUGCAUGCAACACUUGCUCCUCUGUCGAGUGCCGAGUUAACUACAAUUGAUGGCCCGCACUCUUUCGUGGUGUGUACUACGACGAUAGUUAUGUGUUGGUUUAGGCUCGCAUUCCGGUAACAGAUUUAGUUUUUCUAUUUAAAGUUGAAGAAAGGUUUAUGUUGCAUGACUUAUUGUUUUAAAUUGUUUGGUGUGCUUUUGUAUACUCUACAUUUUAAAUAAACCUACUUUCCAUGAAUGGGUUUUGUUUUUAUGAAUAACUUUACCUAACAAAAAAAAAUGUUUUGCAUAAAAAUUGAACCCUUACUUUUCAAUCUUGAUUUUAGUAUAAAAUGUGUGACGAUUGUGCGAUAAAACACGGUAUAACCGGUGAGCUGACAUGCUGUCCCCUCCUGUUUGACAGACUUUGCCCCGAUGCUUUCUUAGUUAACCCUUCACAGGUAAUUACUAAGCAUUAGUCAGUAGUCACACAGGAUUAUUUGAUUUUCUUCCUUUCUGUGUACUGAAAGUAAAAUUGUUUACUUGGCUGGUACUCAAACAAUUUUUACAAAAACCUUUAAAAUACCAUGAAAUGCAUGUAAAAUAAACUACUGUUCUUAAUCUCCAAAGUCCAAACAUCAGUAAUGAAGGUACCUCAAUACAAAAUAAGGAUGAGAUUCUUGUCUGUUUGUGGUGUUUGUUUUAAGACUUAAUAAUAUUUGAUUGUUUAAAUAACUUUUUUUUUUAGGAGAAAAAAUACAAAUAUUUUGUUGCCUUUGGUGAUAAUGUGUGGUAACGUGAGUAUAAUUAAUUAUUCCUCAUUCCACAUAGCUCACUUUUUUCUUUUGAGUCAAGAAGCAGGCUGUCAAGCAAUAAUUCUCUUUCGUGAAUGGUUGUGUGGAUUUUCUUGUAAUACACUUUUCCCUUGCCUAUACAACAGCUCAGUUGCGUACACACAUGUAGUGAUUUUAGGUUUUAGAAAAAUACAUGCUAUGAUGUUUAAAAACACUAGUAUGGGUUCUCACCGUGCUUAUAGGAAACAAAAUGUUUGGUAAUAUUAAUAUUUAAAUAUUUCAUCUCUUCCUACUUUCUCUGCAUCCCUGAUUACAAUUUAAUUAUGCCCAUUAGGUUUCCCUCUAUUUUUCUUCCACACACUAUGCUAAGAAUUUGGAACUUUCUAAAGAGUCAAAACACUAGCUGUGUUUUGAUUCAGUGCCACUAGCUUGUAUGACAUACAAGUGUAUUAUGCCUUCCGUCCCCCUCUCAUCCCUUGGAUAACUUGUGACAAAAUGUGCAACUUGAAUUAAAACUACAUUUCUUGAUCUUUAUUGUAAUUCAAGUACAUUGCGUAUGUAGAAAUACUAACAUAAAAAAAAAAGUACCAUAAACUUUUCAAAUAAUACAGUUGUUGUAUAUAAUAAAUACAAUGAGCAGUUAGUUUAAUUUUAAGAAAGAAACUUAAGCAUACUACCAAAAUGCAUGCCAGCCAUCAGAUUUUGUACAUUUAAUUAAUGCUUAGCAACUGUUAUUUAGUAUAAAUCAAUGAUCAUUGAAGUAUUAAUUGUCAUAAAAUAUAUAUAAAAUGUUGAAAUGGACAUUACACUGUAGAGUCAUUAUAAAAUUACUAGAGUCUGUUUUGAUAACUCUAUGGUAUUUAUGUAUUGUUUAUUACUUCACGAUCAUCAAAAUACAAAUUUAACCUUUCAUUCAUUUGUCCAUUGCAUUCUUGUCUGAUAUUGCAUUUAUGGCUUUGUUUCAAUGGUGCAUUUUUAAAAGGGUUAGUGUAGCAGGCUUGUCAGAUUGAUUCAAACGUAGCUGUCCGUUAUUAAGAAUGAAAAUUUAAAAAUUGCAGCAGAGUGACCUUAGACAUGUGCUUGUGAUGCUAUUUUGGGUCGUACAUGCGUAUAUAAUAUAUUGAGACUUCUCACGUAAAGAGUUGUUUUUACUUUGUGUGAUAAAUAUAAAUUCUAAUAAAAAAUUAUAUAUAAUAUAUUGCAUGUUGCAUUACUUCUGAGAUUUAUGUAGAGUUAAAUAUGUACAGUAUAUAGAAAAUAAUUCGAAAAAAUUAAGCUCUAGUUUUUUAUUCAGUACAUGUUUAAAACAUAUUUUUUCGUAUUGUGGUUUGCAUUGGCAGAUCAAAGCAGACUUGUAGUUACUCGAUGUACAUUGCUGUUGUUUUGUGUACAUAGUGCUGUGUUGUUACAUUGUUUAUGAUCAGUAAUAGCAGUUCUUACAUAGAUUUUUAAAAUGUUUGGUGCUGCCUUCAAUUUUACGUACGUGAAAAGCUUUGCAUGUCUGAAUUGGUUAAUCCACUCGUGCCUGUGAAGACAUUUACUUAAUUUAUUGUAAAAUGAAUGUAAACUAAAUUGUGCCUUAAUCUGAUGUAUAAGUAAAAUUUGUAUAAAGAUUCACUUAUGUACAUAUGAAAAAAAUUAUUAAAAAAAUAUAUUUAUUUCUAUUCUUGGAUAACUACCGUGACUGGAAUGUGAAUGUAUCGUGUAAAUGAAAGUAGGUAAAUUGACGUAAAUAGUAAAUUAUUUUCUGGAAAUGGGAAAAAUGUUGAUGAGCGAAGCUGUUCUGUAAUGUAAAAAUAGCUGCCCUAAUACAUUCCUGUAUCAGGGAUGUUGGAGUAGUGAGAGGUAGAUAAUUUCUGUUUCGAUGUGGCAUAAAGCUUGUGUUGUAGGAUAUCCUGGAAAAAAAUUACAUUUUUAAAUAUAAUGUUAAAAAAUAAAUUAAAUUCUUUGAUUCAUUUGUUUUUUUGUAUUCAUAAAUGUAUGGUGUUGUGCCGGCUGUUUUUAUGAACUCAGUGCUUAUGUACAGCAGUUUUGUAAAGUCAUCACAAUCUUAAAUAUUAUUUUGGUUUGCCUUUAUUCAAGAUGAAGUGUCAGUGAACAGACAAAAGCUCAGAUAUAAAAAAAAACAACUCUAUGAUAGUCAUCCUUCACCAACUUUGGUUUCUGUAACCACCUACCAUCCACUAGGUCAUUUUCACUCUCUGUCACACCACUCUCUUCCAAUGCCCUUUCCUUUUUACACAUGCUCCACAGCAAAAGUGUCUCGGCUGGUGGCUAUCUAUCAGUUUUAUGGACAGUUGGACCAUGGCUGUCGUUCUGAUAAUCAACCAUUAAUUCUUGGAACCAAUGGCAUAUUUAAGUUUUAUUGCAGGGGGAUGGGGGGCACAAGACAACCAUAAAAUAAAAUACCUAAGAUUAUAGCUAUUCUGUAUUUCGCGAUGUUGAACAACUUGAUCCAAUGCUACAUGCGCCACAUUUAUAAUCUGAUAGUAUGGGUCCUUCUUUGUGAAAGCAAAUUUUUUUGUAAGCUUAAAAUUUAUUUUGAAUUAGUAAAUUUUUGCCUCUCGUAAAUUGCAAACAUUGUAUUUUUCAAUGAAUAUAUUACAUUCAUAGUUAGUUCCACACUUUGCCUACCCCCUCCCUGCCUCUCGCUCUCAGUUAUUCCAUCCUUCUACCAUUAUCCUCUUCAUUUCCAAAAUAAAUUUAAAAAAAUUUUUUUUAAUGGAAAUUGUGUUAGUAAAUGGUACAAACUGUUGCUUGCUAAUUGUUUGCAUAUUUUCUCUGUUUCUUUACCUUUAGAGUUGUAUGGUAGCAUCGCAACAAUGGUAACUUAACAAUGGUAAUUUAAAUUUAAAUUAAUUUACUAAGAUUAUGUUUUAAUGGCAACAUAAAGUAUCGUUUUGAUUGUUCCAUCAAUAUUUCUUCCCUAUUUCUCAGGGUAGUUUAAUACUACUGUAGUAAAUUUAUAAUGUUAGAAAUAUAUUAUCAAAUUAAUUCAUAAUUUUGUUAGUUAAAAAUUUACUUGGCCGAAUAAAAAUUGAAUUGAUUUUAAUAGAGAAAUUUAUAAAAACAAAUUUACUAGAAGAGGAUGUAACACUUGUAAUGAAAUUCUAUAUGUGAUUUAAAUGUCAAAACAUUUAUCAGAAUAUUAAUUCAUAGAGUUGGUAGCAGUUUGGUUUUCAAAGGAAAUAAAAUAUUAGGAAAUGUGAUUUUAUGCAUACUUACUGUCAUCUUGUUAAAGUGAGUGAAAAUUUUAUUUAUUCCUGUUGUAACACAAAUUUAUUUAUUUAUUCCAGACACUAAUAUGUGUGAUGCUAUUGGCCUUAAGAUUGGGGUGAUAAAAGUUUCUUUUUUUAAAUUUUGGACAUACUUUAGGUGUAUCAGGGAAACUUUUUUAUUACAAAUCCCUCAACGUUAGUGGGGUCGACCAUAAAACUUAAGUGAAUGAACUACUGCUGACUUGAUGUUAGGUGCGCUUGUUAAAAGUCUUCACAGCCAUCUUUUUAUAUGUCCCGGUUUAUUAAGAGUCCAUUUUUUUUUGUUUAGCUUAGCUAUGCCAUAAAACAAUUAGCAAAUACAUUUUUGGGUAAUCGUCAGUUUUUACUAUUGCUAUAUCCUAGGUAAAAGAUGUUAAUUUGUACCAUAUCAUUUGUCUGUUUAAAAAAAAAUCUUCUUUGUAUCUAUUGUUAUUUUUUAUAUUUCAGCCAAACAGUCAUGAUUGUCCUAGGGUUUGGCAACAUUACACUAAUAAAAUAUCUUGCUUUUGAUAUAUCACAGCAGGUUUCUGUAAAAUAGUGUAUCAUAAUCGCAGAAAUUUAUGUACCAUGUUUACAGGUUUAACAAGCAUUUUAGAAACUAAGCACAUUAUGAUUGCUUACAAAAUAUUUUUAAAAAAAAAAUUUUUUUACAAAGAAUAUGUGUUUUUUAUUAAAAUGUAAUUAAUAUGGUAUACAUUUUAAUUUUUAACAUAAUCUAUCAUAAUACAUCACAAAAUUCUAAACUAUAUUUUAAAAAUUACCAUAUACUUAGUUUUAAUCAUAUUAAAUACAACACAUACAACAUAUAAAAAUACACUUUUACUUAAAAAUAUAUUUUUAAAAAUUUUUUUUAAGAAGUAGUAGGCAUUGAAGUUUAGUUAAGUAGUACUUUAAUCAUUGUUGAUCCAGAGUUCUUGAAAUGAUAUACAAACAUAGAUGCUUUUUCUGGCUUUUAUGUAACAUGCAAAUAAAAUCACCUUUUACUUCUAAAUAAUGUUUGCAACUUAAAAAAAAGCAACAAACUUGCUAGUGGUACAUUCAGAAUUUUGCAGCGGGAAAGAGGCAACAAUCUGUUUGAAAAUAGUGUUUAUUAAUUAUGUAGGCGCAAUUUUGUUCCAUGCCAUGAAGGUCUCUUACUAGCUCCAAAUGAUUCUCAACCCUUAAUAGAGGUCCUUGCAGCCUUGCUUCUAACACAGAACCUAAUCUAAAUUUGUAAACGAACCUACAAAAUAAAUGAGUGGAUUCUCAUCAUAAUUGGAUGUAAGUUAUGCAGUGAGGAACCAAGCUCUUUAAGGCCCCUGCCUACCCAGGCACACAUACAGUGUGCAGAGCUUCAGAAGAAACCACGCAAUUUAAAAACAUAUUUAAUAAUACGCUAAGGGCAGAUCCAUAGUUUCAGACUAUAUUUUUAGAAUGAAAAUUGCUAAAACAAGUGUUUUCAGAAUUAUUUUUAGUCGUGAAACAUUCGGUACAGAUUCUUGAAAGCAUUCAAGAGACUUGCAUUUCACCUAUCUUCAUUUCUCUGCCAUAUAAUGUUAUGGUUACUGUCAAAUAUUAUAGUUGUCCUAUGCAGGACGAGAAGACUGCACGUUAUUUCACAGUCUUGCACCGGCAAGCAUCACAUUUAUCAUCCCGCCUCACCAACACAAAUGCAGAUCUUAAUAUUUUUGGAUAGGAGUAAAUACUGAAAAUAAUUAUGUCAAAUCAUUCAGCUUGAUGUAAGUGUGAAGUUGUAAUUGAAAGGCUUUUUAAAAAUGGCUGUUGAACAAAAAAUAAAAGUUUUAUUUUUAUUAUCUUAAAAUGGUUGAUUCCUGACUAAAUAGCUGCAUCCAUGUUCAGUAAGUCCUGCUGCAGUGUUGUUUUUUCUACUAGAUCUUAGAUUUGAAAGACUGAAGUGUGAGAAGUUAACAAAUUUCCAGGACAGCAUUGUGUUGUAGAAGUUAGUCAAAUUUCUAACAAGACACAUGUUUUUAUUUGAAGUAAAUAUUAAUCUCAGGAUAUAACUUGUGUUCUCAACGCAACCAUGUUUCAUGAUAAGCAAUGUUGUAUAUUUCAUGCUGUAGUUUUCAUUGUUAUUAAUGCAAACUUAGUUCAUUUGCAAAUUUUAUUAGCUGACUUUGCUUCAGGGAAAAACACUGUUUACUUCAAUCUCCUAAUCUUUCUUAGGUGUGCAUCUACUAAUUAGUAUUUAUAUAAUGUACUUAUGUCUUUACUAUGCAACCUAUUAUAUUAAUUUGUGUCGUGUGUUCGUUUCUGAGCAAAUGAAUGCAAUUUAACUCGUAAAAAAAAUCCAUUCAAGUUUUUUAAAUAAAAACUAAAAACUAUAGCAACUAAAGUAUGAAUGAUUUCCUUGUUGAUAUCAUUAUGUAUUUGAAACAACUUAAUGCUCCCAAAUUGUUAGUAUAAUGCACAAUGACAAUUUUCUGUUGUUUUUGGAUGCACUAUGACUUGGGACAAGAUUUUAUGGUGAAUUGUGAUAAAAUCAAAAUAACACACGAAAUGUAAGUUAAACACCAUAAAACACCAAAAUGCAUGCAACUACUAUCAUAAAAUUAAUCCACAUUUUUAAUCAAAACUUAACUCAAAACACAAAUAUUUAAUGUAUUAAAUUUAAUGAAUGUAAUGUAUUUAACAUAAAGUUUUUACAAAAAUGUAUGUACUAAGUAAAUUGGAAAACAAUUAUUUUAAUCUUUUUUGGCCUUACAACUGUUACUAUAGUAAUCCAUUUUUACGUUACAAAAUUGGUACCUGUUUUAAACAAGUACUUUCCGAUUUAUUUUUUAUUGUCCCUAGUGCAUUAUUUAUCAGUCAAAAUAACUCUGUUUUGGUGAAAUAAGUAUCGUGAAACAUUUGUAUGUCGUGUGUGUUCAGUAAUAUGCAGAAUUCCUAAAAAUUAAAAAAAAAAAAAAACCAUAAAAUCUUGUCGCUAUGACAAGCCCUCUUGAAUUUACUUAUUUCUUUUUGAAGAAUGAGAUUUACGUAGAGUUUUUUCUGAUAAGUUGUGAGUUAUGGGAACAUAAACUGGUAUUAUAGGCGGACCUAACCUUACCAGUUAAAGUGCAAAAUUUGCAGUGCGCAUUACAUUAGCCUUACCAUCAACUCUCUCAGGCAAUGAAUGAUCAAAGAGCAGACACCAAACAUGUAAUAGCUAGUGCCAAAAUCAGCCAGCAUAUGGAGCAUUCCACGUGAAAGAUUUUGACACUUUAACUUCAUUUUGAAUUGCGAUUGGCUCUACCUUUGAAUAUAUAUACUGUAUAGAAGUCGCCAGCCCAGGUUAAAAUUUCUAAUACGGUUUUGAGGUAGUUGGUUAAUUCACCGCCGCAAUCGCCACCAUCUCUAGGGCAUCGACUUGUGGUGGUCCCUAGCGGACAAGUCUCGAACUCUUCAAACACCCCUUCCCCCUCCCGUUGAACGACGUUGAGCUGCAGUGAAUGAUGGAUGAGGGGAGCGGGGAAUGACAGCGGGCGACAGCACUGCGCUCUAACGUGUAAAUAACAACUAAGACGAUACAGGGCGUUACGGCAGCGCACUGCAGCGGUGAAGUUCCCAAGCUGCUCAUCAUAAGCUUCUGAAAAACGUAGAGUAAAUCCUAUCCACUCGCGACUUCUAUACAGUAUAUAUAUUCAAAGGCUCUACUAACUAUUUCUCAGAAUCAAGAAUGUCAGGGAAUCAGUCCAUUCAUCCAACAUUAAAUCAAAACAGGCAUGAAAUCAAUCUCUUUCACUGUUGCAUGCGCGUGCAACAAUGCACACAUGCACACACACACACACACACAAGUUAUACUUGCUUUUGUAUCAAUCUCUGCUUCCUCUUUGUCUAUCUCCCCCUCUUCACCACUCCACUUCUCUACUGUGUUGUUGGUUACAGCCACCCAUGGUCGCUAGCUGCUCUAGGAAAUUGUUUGAACCAACAAAACAUUGUGACUGCACCUCUGCACGAGAAUGCAGUGCUGCCAAGUGUCAUGGAUAGAGUCCUGGAAAUUUUGUGGAUUCCUCUGGCCUCAGGAUAGAAUUCAAAGUUAUAGGUGUGCUCGACCCAUGUUUACUUUCCCAUAGGUUGAUUUCUUAGCGAGAACAUUUUUAUCCUUGUUAUUUGGCACUACCUGAUUCACUUACUUCUCUCCUAGCUGGGCAUCGUUGGCUCACGGUCUCAGAGAGGCUUGUCCAGAUAACUGCGGUCCAAUCAUGAACACAGUGCGACAGUGUGGAGGUUUGCAUUCUAGCUUGCGACUAAAUGAAUCCGCGAAAUUUCCGUGGCUCUAGUCGUGGAUUUUCCGUAUUUGUUACUGAUUUACAUCUCCAAUAGUGGGUUCACGAAGUGGUAUUUUUUUAUUACAGAAACAGAGAAUCUUGAUGAACAUCAGAAAUAUUGUGUGUCUGUCAGCGUUUUGUACGAAAAAUCUCGUGCACUUAGCUGGAUGUAUGUUGGCUGCAUGUAUGAGACAAUAAUUUUAGUCAAAUCCAAUUUGGCAACACCCAGUUCAGCUUACUGGUGUGUGCUAUGAAUAGUAUUUACCCUCAAAAAUAUUUUAAAAUCCAAUGAUGUGUGGGUUAUCAAAUUUAAAUUAGCCAGCAAGACCUUUUGAAAAUAACCUAACAUAAAUUUAAAUCCUAAAUAUAUAUAUUUUUAAAUUUUACUUUUUUUUUGUUGUGUACUUUUUAAAUUUUAACAGGUAAAUUGACACAUUACAAUAAAUGUUUUAGUUAUUUCAUACAGUACAGUAUUUGACGUAAACUUGAUUAGGGUUUUUUUUACGUUUGUUUUAUUACAUGCAUAAAUAUGAUUACUGAAGGAUGUGCGUGAAGGUUGGCAUCACUGAGAAUGUGUGUGUGUUUCUAAAAGUACCUAGCCAGUGAGUAGCCUGCAUAAAUCCCUAAUAAUUUAUUCCAGCCUCUCGUACUGCUCAAAUUAUGAGUGCCAAGGUACCUAAGAUGUUACACUGAGCAUAAUAUAACAAGAUGUCCAUGUUCUUAAAAGUCAGGGGAAAUCAAGGAAGUAGGAAUGGGUCAGGCAAAGUCAGUGAAUUCUUUGUAAAUUCUGAAAAAGUAAUGGAAAUUCCCCAGUGAUAGUAAUUUUAGGGGAUAAUGCCAUCACUAGACUUUGAAAGAAUUUUUGUGGAUGGUAAUUUAGUGCACUGGCGUAGUAAAGGUUCUGUUUGAUCUUGGCCGGCUAUAGGGUUGGUGGGAACUGGAUUUUCUUUAUUUCUUUCAAUAAGUUGCAAGAUAAGUAAGCUUUUAAGAAAAACUAUUUGGGGAAAUUUGUAAUUUUGGUCAUGGAAAAUCAGGGGGAAAUGAGGGAAAUUUUUUUACAGAUUUGUGUAGACACUUUGUAUAAUCUCAUAGUUCCCUUGUAUUGCAAAUUUCCUCUGCUAAAAUCUCGUUUUGUUUUGAAUCGUAAACAUAAAGUUAUUCCUUUUAAAUGCUGAAUUGGCCCCAUUAAAAAAAAAUUCUGAAUGUCUUUUUCUCUUAUUUUCUAUUUUAUUUUCUAUAACAUCGGGUGAUUUUGUUCUGUCAAGCUUUUGAGUAAGCAUAAUUUUCUGUUAUACCAAAAUACUCUGACCAAUAUUUAGACUUAAUAGUUUAGGCAAGACUUGUGGAAACUAGACUUUAAAAAUUAAGUCUUCUGUAAUUACAUAAAGUUCCACUAUUUUAAUCUAAAAUUUAUAGUGUCUGACACACAGCACCAAUUGAGGUUGUUGAAAAUGGAAUUGGCCAUGUUCUAUAGCAAAGAUCUGUCUGGAAUUUGCCUGAAGUGAUUUUGAGUAACCAUGGAAAACUAAAAUCAGGACGGCAAGUCCUUGUUUCAUAAGAACUGUAGUUCAAAGAUGAAACAUCAGUUAGGCUUACUCUUAAGCUUAACUAAUGCAUAUUAGUAUUGUUUUGGCAUCACAAUAACUAAAACUACAGCAGAAAGAUGGUAAAUUUAAAGUUAGCAGUUUUUUUUUCUACCUUUUAUUGAUUUCUCUGAUAAAAAUAUGUUGUCAAACCAGAACAGACAAAUUCACAUGAUUUAAUCCACUUUUUAAACCAUUCUGUAGGUUUAAAUUACUAUACUUAAGUACUUUUUCUAGUUUAUGUUGUAAAAUAUUUGCCUAUAAACUUUUAACAAUUUACAUACUGCAGUGCUAAAACUUUGUUCAUGAUAACAGGCGCAACCAAUAGCAAUGUGACCCGUCUCAUGUUUUAUUGCUGGUUGAGUGUGCAUAUAUCACCAUUUUGUUGUCAAUACUGGUCACAUUAAUUUCUUUGUGUUUAAGUCUCAAAUAUAAAGCAAGUUGUUUUAUUUUUGUGUUUGUUAAUUGUUUGUCUGUAUCUAAUUUUGUCUGAAUAUAUGGGAAAUUUUUUUUUUUUUAGGAAUUUUGGUUCCUUUAUGCCAUGUCAUUCCUAAGUUAUCAAGACUAUUCUGCUGAUAUCACUGAGAAAUAGUUACAAUUUUGGGUUUUUACUUUUAGAAAUUUUAAGGUAAGCUUUGUGUUGGAGGAUUUUUUUGAGAGAUUGAGGCAGUUUUAAAAUGGUUCUGAGUCUAGUGUGAUUUCUGGUUAGAUAUGUAAUAACUUUAAAGUAACAGAGGCUGACAUGCAUAUUAUAAGAUUGGCUUUUUUCUUUUAUGUGAACUAAGCUGUUAAGAUUUCAAUGUUUAAAUGUGGAGAUAAUUUUUUUGGAAGUAAUGAUUUGUAACUGCGGAGCAGAGAUUGUGUAUUUCCUAAGCUUCACUGCCACAGUCAAACGUGAUUGUCCACAUGACUUGACUGCCUUGUUAUUUUGACUUGCAGGCCUAUAUUAAUGCCUGAAGCUGCUAUGCAAAUAUAGUAGCAAAAAUUUGUUUUCACCAAUUCAAACUAAAUGUAAUAGGACUGCUACUUUUGUGUGAUUAUCUCAUACAAGUUGAAGUUAUGUGACAUGUUGUUUGUGCUGGUGAAUUUAAUUAUGUUGUUUUACACUGCCUUCAUAAUGUAUUGGCUGAAAGUUAGUUAAAACUUGGCGUUAACAAAUUUUUUCACUAAACCAAAGAGACAUGGUAUUUAGUUGUGUUUUUUUUUUGUUUAAAUUGGAAGUCGAUGUCUUGUUCUCAGUGUAUGAAAGACUUACGUACUUGAAAGAUAAAUGUAUCAGUAUCAUCAUAUAUACUGUUAAUUUUUGAGCUGAUGUUAGUAUAUAUUAUGUUAUAGUUAAAAUAAUGCUCUUACAUCACAGAAUUUGUGAAUGCUGCUAGGCAGUUUGCAGAGUAAAAUAUUUCUUCAUUUUUGUUUAUUUUUUAUAGAAAUGGUGAUUCACCUAGAGCUGUGUAUUGACUUUCAUAUAGUUUGUUUUAACAGUUUUGAUGGAUAAUAUGCUUAAAACUCUGUCGGCCAAAGUGAUAUAAUGUAUAGCCUACUGUAUAUAGGUAUAUAUAUAUAUAAGUAGAACUCUAUGUAAAUAUUGUAAUUUUCCAGAGCUUUGUGAUUAAUAUACUAAAGGAAAAAAUAAAAAUAAUUGCUAACAUUCACAGUAGUUUUAGGUUUAAUAUGAUGUGCGUAGCUGCUGUUCGAUGAUCUAUGUAUAUAUUUUGGUGUGUUCCAAUAGAAAUGUGAAUGUUUGUGGAUUAUUUUGUUUUGUUGCGAUUUUACAGUGCCUUGUUUCUAUGCUUCUGUCUUGUGUUGUAUAUUUGUUUUCUCUCCUUUCUCUGUACUUUGAUAAUUCUUGACUGAACCAAGAACUUGCCUUAUGAAAAAUACCCUGUUGAUCAUGGCAAUAAAAUUAAUACAAGUGAA